AUGGCUCCGCCACUGUCUAUUGGCCUUAGUUUUGAAGUGCUUUACAGAAAUGCAUAUAACAUGAUUUUGCACAAAUUUGAUGACAAGCUUUACACUGGACUGGUUACAACUAUGACUGUGCUACUCCAAGAAAUAUCGAUAUCUCUUGAGGCUGCACAAGAUUUCAUGCUCCAAGUCCAACCUCCUCAUGAUCAAGAAGAUCAUCAACGCCCCACUAAUUCCAUCGAUCAAAUUCUCCCUCAGGAAUUCCAUGGUGUUGCACCGUUUCCGGGGAAGAGAUCAAUUCCAUUUCCAGGGAUAGAUGUGUGUGACGAGGCAAACGGUGAGGAUGAUUUAUCAGACGAGGGUUCACAGGCAGGAGAAAAGAAGAGGAGGCUUAACAUGGAAAAGGUGAAGACAUUAGAGAAGAACUUCGAGUUAGGCAACAAGCUCGAACCUGAGAGGAAAAUGCAGCUGGCUAGAGCUCUUGGACUGCAACCCAGACAGAUUGCUAUUUGGUUUCAGAACAGAAGAGCCAGGUGGAAAACCAAACAACUGGAGAAAAAUUAUGAUCUUCUUAAGAGACAGUACCAAUUGAUCAAAGACGAUAAUGUCGCACUUCAAGCUCACAACAAAAAACUCCACGCACAGAUAAUGACACUGAAGAGCAGAGACGGAGCAAGUGAAUAUAUCAACCUGAACAAAGAAACCGAAGGCUGUAGCAGCAAUAGAAGCGACAACAGCUCCGAUGUGAAGUUGGAUAUGUCGGUAUCGGCACACGAGAGGCCGUUAACGACACUAGUGUUCCAGUCAGCAUCGUCGAAUUUGAGCCACGAUGAUCAUCAUAAUCAGCCACCUCAAAUGGUUAAAGAAGAAAGCCUCAUCACCAACAUGUUCUGCACCAUGGAGGAUCAAACCGGGUUUUGGCCAUGGCUCGACCUACAACAGCAACAACAUCAUUUCAAUUGA